GGACGGUCUCAUUGCCUUCCAUAGCUUCUUGGAGCUUGCGCUAUGGCAAAAGGUUCGCAGCUUAAGCAGCUGAAGACCGCGCUGCACUCCGCCGGGCUCGCGCAACAACCCCAGGCCGGAAAGAAGCGCAAGCGGGCUGCCCCCACGGAGCGCGACAAAGAGAAGAAGGCCGCGCGGCUGAAGGAGAUUCAGCAAAAGCUCAAUCCCUUUGACGUGAAGGUAACGAAGCUCAAACAUGAUGUGGGAGGAAGGAAGAUCAUCGGUACUACGGGACGGCCCGCACAAAGCAAGCAAGCAGGUAUCGAGCAGAGGAAGAAGACUCUGCUCAAAGAGUACGAGGAGAAGGAUCGGUCUGGAGGCAUAGUUGACCGUCGGAUAGGUGAAAAUGACCCAACUAUGUCGCUGGAGGAACGUAUGUUGGAGCGUUUCACGCGCGAACGGCAGCGUGCCUCCAAAGGCGUUGCCUUCAACCUGGAAGAUGAAGACGAGCUUACUCACUACGGCCAAAGUCUCUCCAAGCUGGACGACUUCGACAACGUCGGUCUUGGUCUCGAUGAGGACGAAGAAGACGAAGGUUUGUUGGAUAGACGAGCCGUCGAGAGAUCCCAUUUUGGCGGGUUUGGGGACGAGGACGAGGAGGAUGGGGAGGACGACGAUGAGCCCGCGCGGAAGAAGUCCAAGGCGGAGGUCAUGGCGGAAGUCAUUGCGAAGAGCAAACAACACAAGAUGUUGAGGCAGACGCAACAAGAGGAGGACGAGAACCUCCGUCACGAGCUUGACAACGAACUUGACUCCAUCCGGUCGCUGCUAUUCACAGCACCACCUCACCAACAGGCCACCGAGGAUCAAUCGUCUGCACCUGCACCCACAGACCUUCCACCAGACGACCAAGACAAAGAAUACGAUCAGUAUGUUCGUGAGCUCGCACUUGACCGGAGAGCGAAGCCGAAAGACAGGACCAAGACCGAGGAGGAGCUUGCGUUGGAGGAGAAGGACGCGUUGGAGAAGGCGGAGAGGAGACGACAGAGACGGAUGAGGGGCGAGGAGAGCGAGAGCGAGGAAGAAGGGAGAGGGAAGCGGAAGCAAGCGAGGCCCCGCGGAGGGGAUGACCUUGAUGACGACUUCGUUGAGGAGGAGCGUGCUUCGAAUGCGCUCGGUGCAGGCUUAGGAGACGAUCUGGCUAUGGCCUCGGAGGACGAAGAAGAUGGUGCCGACGACGAGGAGAACGACGAGGAAGGCAGCGAAGAAGGGGAGGAGGAAGAUGAGUCAGGUGAGGAAAGUGGUUCGGUGACGGAAGAGUUCGAGACUGCGUCCGAAGACUCGGGUGAGGAGGAUGGGGAGGAGGGUGAGGAGGAGGCUCUCGUGAAGUCGAGUCGAAAACGCCACGCAAACCCGCAUGCUGCGAAGGAACUCCCAUACACAUUCCCUUGUCCUGAGACCCACGACGAGUUUCUCGAGAUCAUCGAAGGCGUCGACGAUGAGGACGUGCCGACGGUCAUCAAGCGUAUACGUACACUUCACCAUCCCAGCUUAGCGGAAGAGAACAAGUUUAAGCUCCAGGGUCUGAACGAUGUGCUCAUCGAUCACAUCCUCUACAUCACCUCCCCUCCUGCACCUCGUUUCACCCUGCUUGCAUCACUACUGCCUCAUCUCGCCGCUCUCACCAAAGCCUACCCCAUUCAAUCUGCCGAGAGUUUCACUGAGAAGCUCUCGCUCAUGCACAAAAACUUGAAGCGCGGUCUCUCGAAAGGCGCGCUCGAUCCUGAGGCGAAGAUCUGGCCCGGUUCCCCAGAACUUUCGCUUCUUCGUGUCAUCGGUCAACUAUGGCCAACAUCCGACAUGAACCAUCAUGUUGUUUCCCCUGCACGAUUAAUCAUGGGCGCAUACCUCGGCUUGGGUCGUGUUCGGUCAUUACAGGACAUUGUGAGCGGCCUCUUCCUGUGCAGCCUUUUCAUUCACUACGAGAAGUUGUCCAAGCGUUUCGUCCCUGAAGCAGUCAACUUUUUGGUCAACUCCACCCUUCACCUCGCCCCGCACUCGUACGCCGACGUCGCGUCGUUACCCGGCAAUUUCCCGGCGCAGGACUUCAGGACAGCGCUGACGCUACCUUUAGCUCUCGACGAGAAGAAGGCCAAGAAGCUAUCGGUCAAGAAGCCCGACUUCGCCACCUAUCUAAGCGGCGAGCCUCUAGAGGAACAGGCGAAGGUAGACUUGCUUGGUCUCACCUGGGAGCUUCUUGGCAGAGUUGCCGACAUGUACAAGGGUUUGGAAGGCUUCAUCGAGUUAUUCACUCCCAUCCAAGAAGUCCUGGGGGCAGUGAAGGGCAGUGGUCUACCUUCCGACCUCUCGACGCGGUUGCAGUCAUUACAAGACAUGCUCCGCCGUCUCCUCAAGUUCGCCCUACAGAGCCGCCAGCCCCUUCGACUCCAGGCGCACAAGCCCAUCCCGAUCCCGACAUACGUCCCCAAGUUCGAGCAGACAAGCUCUAACUACCUCCGCAAUCGCGACCCCGACCACGAGCGGAACGAGGCGGCGAAGUUGCGCGCGCAGGUCAAGCAGGAGCGCAAGGGCGCGAUCCGGGAGUUGCGUAAGGAUGCACGCUUCCUGGCAGCGGAGCAGCAGAGGAAACAGAAGGAGAAGGACAGGGCGUACAACGAGAGGAUGAAGCGCGUGUUCGGCUCGAUCGAAUCGGAGCGAGCGGAGGAAAAGGCGAUGGAGAGGGAGAAGAUGAAGGAGAAGAAGAGAGCCGGUCGCAAGUAACGUCGCGGAUGAUAUGUACUCUUCAGUUUGUUAGGUUGCGUUCUCACUUGUAUCCCUAUGGAUGACAUGGCCAAGGAGCCGCAGUCAAUGGGCGGGUAUAUAUAUUCG